AUGUUGAAAAAACAAUGGGAGACAGGUGUAAUGUUUGGCAAACAUUGGCCAACAAGUAUAAAAUCAGAGCAAAAUGUUGUGAAAAUCAUUCAACAACUGAGCAAGCAAAGCACACACAGCUAGCAAACAAUCUUAGAAGUUGAAAUUAUCUGAAACAAGAAAGGAAUCAAAAUGGAAACAUUAAAACUUAUGAGCUACCAAGUCAACUAUAUCUCCAGAGAGGGACUCAGUAAUGCAGGAUUUGGUGAUUUGAACAGUUACGGACCAAAAAUUACUGAAAUAGAUGACAGUUGUAGCCAAAUUAGUGAUUUUACCAAAUAUGGCACAAACAACAUACCAGCUGCCUAUCAUGGCCUCGUAGCAACAGAAGACUCUCUGACAUCACAGAUGAUAUCACCAGUACUUAGCCAAUCAGACAACAGCUUACAACAAAUUGGCUGCAGUAUGCUGCAGACAUCACCUGAUACUCGAGAAGGAUCCUUCAAAAGUUGCACACCAUCUCCAUCUAUUGGAAGUCUCACACCAUCGCCAACACCACCUAUUGAGCAAGUCCGCAGCCCAGGCAGUCCAGAAACAGUUAUCAGUGACAUUGAUGAAGUGCUCAAAUCCCUUGAGAACACAGCUAAAGGUGGCGCCUCUAAAGCUGAGAAACCUCAUCAUUCAUAUGUUAAACUUAUCGUUGAUGCUAUACUUAGCAAACCAGAAAAGCGUAUGAUCUUGGGUGACAUCUAUCAAUACAUUCAGGAUAAUUUUGAAUACUACAACAAUGAGGAGCGAGCUUGGAGAAACAGUAUCAGACACAACCUAUCUCUGAAUGAAUGCUUCAUCAAAGCAGGACGUGCUGAUAGCGGGAAAGGCAACUAUUGGUCAAUCCAUCCUGCAUGCAUUGAGGACUUUUCUAAGGGAGAUUAUAGGAAACGUAAUGCCAGACGUCGUGCUAAGCGUGGUUCAAGGGGUCUUCAAGCACAGCAGCCAAGUACACCCUACCCUUACCGCCAGUAUGUACCCAUGUCUUCAGAUACACUCAGCUACCCUACUCCAAUGCCGUAUCCCUACCAGAUGCCCACAAUUUCGCAGAUGCCUCCACAGCCUCAUCUACAAGCACCUUCCAUUGGUUACUUAGGUAAAUACCAACAACCAAUGACAGCAGCUUAUGGUCAACAAGUCAGCAUGCCUGAUCCUCUUACUGCAGCUUACAGUUCACAACCAAGAGCCACCUUCAAUUAUGAGCCUCAGACAUCAAUUACAAGUAUGGACCUUUAUAGACCACCUUAUAAUUACCCAUCAGGCAACAGUGGUUACCAUCGCAAUGCUUCUAUGAUGCAUUACCCAGCAAUCAACCAAGGUCAUUAGUAUCCUCAGGUUUAAACUUUGGACAAUUAAAGAGAGCCAAUAACCAACAUCCGAAGUAAAUUAUCUUUUAAUUGUUGUAUCGGUUGAAUUUUCAGUUAUUAUUUAUUUUUCUAUUGAAUGUAUACUGUAGCCAUCUUUUGAUUUUAAAAAGAGACCUACAAUUUUAAACUGCCAAGAAAGCCAAAUUCAAAAUUGUAUAAAGCCACAUGUACAUAAACCUGUAGUAUGUAGUUGCAUGUAUUGAAUAAAUAUAAAAUAAAAAAUUAUUUGUUGUGUUGAUUUACAUUGACCUGAUCCACCAUUGUAUUACAUAUGACUUAACAGAAUAUUCUCGUAGAAAGUAUGCGUUAAAUAAUCUCUACAUAUUAAUGGUAACGCUAUCUAUCCACCUUUCUAUGUAGUCUUUGCAGCCUCAGACCCACUCCUUACAAAA